AUGCGUGCCCCUCUGCGUUGGGUGCUGUGGGACGUGAAAGACACCCUGCUGAGGGUACGUUCCUCAGUGGGCGAGCAGUAUUGCGAUGAGGCCAAACGAAUGGGUCUGAGCCUCAAACCUGCCGAGGUGGACGCCGCUUUCCGUCAGGCGUAUCGACAUCAUUCUAGACGAUUCCCAAACUAUGGCAUCUCUCAAGGACUGGACGGACAGUCAUGGUGGACGGAGGUGGUGAAAGCCACCUUCUCUCAGUGCAGAGUGCGUGACCCUGUCCUGCUCAAUGAAAUGGCCCUAAACCUGUACAAGAACUUCUGCAAUGCUGAUAAUUGGGAGGUAUUUCCAGACACAAAGUCAGCUCUAGAAAAAGUCUCCUCACUAGGACUGAAAAUGGGAGUGGUUUCCAACUUCGACAACCGCCUAGAAGCCAUCUUACGCGGUUGCGGGCUGCUCUCUCACUUCAACUUUCUGCUAACAUCAGAAGCAGCAGGUGUCGAGAAGCCCCAUGUGGCCAUCUUUGAUCAGGCGCGGCGAAAGUGCGACGUGCUCCCUACCAGCAUCGUCCAUGUCGGGGACCAUUACACAAACGAUUACCUAGCAUCUCGCUCGGCCGGAAUCCAUGGGUUCCUUUUAGACCGGACAAAUAACUCUAACCAGCAUAAUAUUCCUAAAGAGCAUCUACUCUCGUCGUUAGAUGAUCUCCCAGCACGUCUUCAGCAGCACAUGGAAAAAUGCUCCUGA